AUGACCAAGUACACCGAAGUAGACACCAGCGAGGCCCCCUUAUCCAUCAUAGGCACCGUCGGACGGCACCCCAUAUACAGCGGCGAAGGAUGUAUGCCGGACCGGGCAGGUGCCUGGGUCGCCGACGAGAGAAGAGUGAGGCGUCUCCAGCGAGGAGAAAUGGCGAAAGCCAAAGGGCUGCCCGGGGAAUGGUUAGACAAGAGCCAGCAGCUUCCCGCCAAAGCAGUAGAGUCAGCAACCAGUUUGAUCUGCGAUGCCUUGGGGACGUGGUGGCACCAGGUCCACUCGCCUACAGAAACACACACGGUGAGACCAGUCUCCUCGAAGACUCACAAAUUCAAGGAUCCACCAACGAACAGGGACGAUGAGACCGCCGCUACCGCUGAGGAGACCGUGGGCAGUCUGGACGAAGACUAUGAAUGGGAAUACGAGGCCCCCGACUUAUCCGAAGGAAGCGGCUGGUACCAGGAACGAGUUGAGACUCUGGAAGCGGCUCUGAAGGGCCUACCAAGCUGGUGUACCAGGAGGGACUCGAAGCGCUAA